AUGAGGACCAUCAAUGAUGCUUCGCCAGAUCUAUGGCAAGGCUUCAUGGUCCAUAUGCUUUUCGCAGUCAGCCUGCUCUUGAACCCGAGAGUGUCUCUUUGCGUUUCCCGCGCAUCACAGAAAGCCUACGACUAUGCUGUUCAAAAUUUCCUCCCCGCGGUAUAUCGCCAUGCCGACGAACUGACACAAAUCCAAGCGGAUUUACUGAUAGCCCUGCACGCCCUCUUUUCUCCUUCGACGGAAAAGGUGUCGCUUGCCGUUUCUUCUGCAAUGCGUCGUUGCAUUGUGGCUCGACUCCACAGUUUCGAAGCCGAACCACAGCAGACGGAUGCUGCGGCGCAUCUUGAGGCACAAUUACGGAGGCGAGUAUUCUGGUCGGCGUAUGUUCUCGAUCGAUUAGCCAGCGGUGUUCUGCAUCUUCCUUUCUCGAUAGCUGAUGACAACAUCACCGUUCCGCUCUUCGACGACAUAAAUGAGGCAGCUCUUUUAGAUGGUACCUUUACUCUGAAUGAACCUAUGACAAGGACGGAGGUAUCGUCAGCACUCCACCGGUGUCGACUGAGCCAGAUUCAAUCAGAGAUUCUUAACGUGACUAUGCGAGUUAACUUCGAUAUCGACUCCGCGGCCGAAUGGAGGCUUUAUAUCUUGACGAAGCUGGAAAACUGGAGACUGCAGCUCGAGCAGGUCUCGGACAGCACGAAUUCUGUGACCGACCCGCGCUGGCACAUCCUCGUCUACAACCAUUGCCUCCUCUACUUACAUAUGCCGACAAAGUCCAACGUCCGUGGUCCCGCUGGCGAAUGGUCCAUCAGAGCAAGCAUCGAGACCGUGAAAAUCUUCCGCCAGUUCCAAGCGCGAAGGGUCGUCCCAUAUCCAGUUCUCGGGCUGAUUAGUCAAUUCUCGAUCGGCAUCACAAUGUUGUAUUGUCUGUGGGCUACGCCACCUAAGUUUAGGACCGAGGUCUGUAGCCCAAAGAAGAUCUUCGACGCGAUCAGACUCUGUUCCAACACGCUCGCUGUCAUGACCGAGCGAUGGGAGCAAACGGGAAUACUCGCGGAUGUCUUCGAACUCUUCACAACAGAUGUUCUAACCGCGGAAUACGAUUCGUCGGACGGUCCCAGCAGAGCUGUGCCAGGAAUCAGCGCCGAGACUGUGCAGGCCGUCCAAGUCAGAAUGCAACGCCUGAAGUCAUUGGUGCUGAAUAAGACCGUCAUUCGCAUGAUUGAUGAGAUGCUCACCCAAGAGAGGCCCAGCGAGGAGGGGGUCGAUGCCGGCAGAAUCGGUGCGUCUUCAAACGGUCUUGAAGCUCUUAGCUUGUGCAGCACAGACAACAACAACAACAACGUCGGCGCCAUAGAUCAAGGUGCCACCGAACUGGCAGAACAGUAUGCGCCAGCCCAGUUCUUUGACUGGAUGGGCGCCGCCUACACUCUAUCAGAUAUCGGUCCCGAGCAGGCUAUAGGCGUUUCAGAUGCGCUACUGGGGUUUGAGAUGCUUUGA